ACGAUUAGCUCUCUUCAUAAAAUUGUAACGAGAUUCACCAAUUUUUUAUCCAAUUUGUCUGCGGAAUUUAUAAAAUGGCCAAAUAACGAGGAGAAAAUUGAAAUUGAAAGCCACUUCAGGCAAGACGAAUUUCCUGGUAUUAUUGGCGUCAUUGACAGUGCACACAUUGAAAUUGACAAGACACAGGAUGAUUCAGAUUCAUAGCUUAACAGGAAGCACUUUUUUCGAUCCAGGCACAAGUUGUUUGCGAUCAUAAAAGGAAAAUAAGGGAUAUAUUUGUCGGAUACCCAGGAUCCGUACAUGACAGUCGAGUGUUUCGGACAUCACCAUUAUUUGGAACACUUCAAGAAAAAUGUGGAAACCACUUUAUUAUUGGAGACAGUGGUUACCAUUGUUUACAAUAUUGCCUAACUCCAUUUCAAGAUAGAGUUCCACCAGCACCAGAAGCACAGAAUGAAGUAAUUGUUGGACAAGCAGGGCGAGAUGCAGGAAAUGAAAAUCAGGAUGAACAAACUGGGAUAACAAAAAGAAAUGAAGUAAUGAAUAGCUUAAAUUUCGUUAUUUAGUAUGUAAUGUGUAUGUAUUUUUAAUAAAAG